AUGGCCCACGUCCAAAAUACCCAGAACUAUAGUCAGGUCAUCCCACGAGCCGGCCACUUUACCGAGUACCCGACAGUGAAGGUCUUCCCAUAUGAGAAUCAGAGAAAAAGUCUUGCAUACACCCAGCUGAAAACGCCCAAAGGAAAAUUGGGUGAGGAAGAAGUCGAGCCUGGCUAUGUCCGUCCUAUUAUCGACGAGCACACGGUCAUUCAGAGUGUUCUCUAUCAGCCGUCGCCACCACCUAGAUUGACAGCCUGGAGUCAAACCAGCUGCUGUGAACCCGAAAGACAAAAGCAGAGCUUUUAUGCCUUCUCAGGAAGUUUAUCCAUCAUGAACUUUUGGCGGAUAUGGUCUCUAAGGCGGGCGGUGAUCUGA